CGGCUGCGCUGUGGACCAAGGUCACUGCCACCCUGGCUUUGCCCUGGAGCCCAUGGAGCUGAGACCUGACACCAGCCACAAGGAGAAUGUGCCCCCCAGGCCGGCCACCCCCGUGGGGCCCCUCACAGAGCAAUGGAGACUCCGGAAGAGCCUGGCCAGUACACAUGGCCGGUGGGUGCCCGUGGGCCAGGCCGAGAGCAGGGGGGCUGCCACCACACCAUCCCCGGGGGCAGCGCUGUGCCAGGACCCCUGCCGAGUCCAGAGCAACCUGACCAGCCCCAGCCUGGGCCUCGCCCUGAGGGACACGCCCGAGCUGACCAACUCAAGCUUCCGACAGCAGAGCAACUUGCAGCCCCUGGCCGGGAGGCCCCAAGGAAGAGCCCAGGCGUUUGCCAUCCAGCAGAGUGACCUGAGCGUCAGGGAGACGAGCGAAAGCUUCUGGCCGCACGGGAUGCCCGGGGGAAGCCCUCUACCCCGAGGGCCAUUGGCUUCCCCAGCCUCCCACCCGAGGUGGUCCCGGCUGCUGUCCACCAAUACCCCCUGCCCAGACAUUGGGCCCGCUGCAGGCCUGGGCCCGCUCGAAGGGCACACACGGCCAGACCCCAGAUCCUAGUGUGGCCUGGGGGGCUGGACCUCCAGGCUCGUGGGGGAACCCCUCACCCUGGAGGACCUGGCUGCCCCUGCCCAGAGCCGGACUCGGGCUCCGUCCCAAGUUGCCGUUCACCAGCUGCUGGCCUCUGUGCAACGCCUGGAGCGUGAGGCAGUCCGUCUCAGGUGCCAGGCAUCCUGGGAACCCCCAGGCCCUGUGCAGCAGGAGUCCUGGACCAGAGCUGGCCAGAUACUCCCUGCUCACCCCCAGCCCAGCCAGCCUGUUCUUGCUUCCUGGGAUGAGAGGAGGAAACAUUCCCAAGGUUUCAGGGAAACUGCAGGUUUCCUGGAAGCACCGGGGGUCCAGGAUGGUCUCGCAGACUCUCAGGCAAGCAGCAAGUCUGCAUCACUGGAGACUGCUUUGGAGAUGCUUCCCGGGGUUGCCCUUGACCCUGAGCAAGGGGUCCUUCCUGCCCACCCUGUAAGACGAGGAGAGAAGUGCUCCCCAGGGACUACAUAUGGCAGGGGACAGAGGGAGGACCCUGCUCCCUCAAGGGCGGGCAGCAGGGAGGCCAGACUCUGCUCUUCAGCCUCGUCCAGUUCAGCCCGGGGCAUCCUCCCUGGGCGGGAAGGAGGGGACAGGACCCCGUGGGAGCAGGUCGGCAGCGAAGAAGAGAGGCCGGCUUCCGGUCUGCCAGACACGGCCCCCGCGAGGACGUGGAGCAUCACCCUCCAUGCUGGAAAGGCGACGCGGGUGCUGCUGAGCCCCCAGCUCUCCCUGGGACUGGGGACCGGGCCCAUCCCCUGGUCAGCCUGGUCUGUCCCCAGCCGGCAGUGGCUGUCCAGAUGUUUCAGAGCGUGGCGGCACUGGGUGCAGAGGCGGUGGGCAGUGGCAGCAGCCAUGGCGCUGGGCUGCUGGCAGCUGUUGCGCAGGGGCCUACGGGCGCCGCGGUGGACACUGUGGCUCCGGGAGGCCCAGCUGGCGGCGGCGUGGGGACAACACACGCAGGCCCUGCUGGCGCGGACCUUCCAAAAGUGGAGAAACUUGAUUCAGCAGCAGAAACAAGGGCGGCUUCACAUCCAGGCUGGGCCAGGACCCCCAUCCUCUGGGGGAGGCCAGGACCAAGGCCCCUCAGGAAGGAAGCCGGUGGUGGACACCGCCUGGAGAAGCAGCUGGCCAGAUGGAGGAGACAGGGGAGUCCAGAUCCUGCAGGCUCUGCAACAGCUGGCUGUCUUCCUCCUGUGGUGCCGUCAGAAGGAACGGGCAGGAGAAGGGGGUCCAGGGAGAGGCCUCUGGGGCUGUGCUGAGGGCUCAGAGGAUGGAGAGGCCCCCCCCCAGGCCUGGUGCUCUCCUGCUGCAGAUGCAGCCUGGGUGUCCCCACUGGACACCCGGCGCCAGAGGGCCUGGCUCUGCAGGUGCUUUGGGGCCUGGCAGCGGUUCGCGCAAGGAGGGACCCGGUACCGGGACCACGUGGCCACGCGGGCAGGGACCCUGAGGAUGUGCCUGCAGCAGUGGGUGCAGACGAAGCAGCUCUAGGCCUCAGAUGGGGCGAAGGUGACCCAGCUGUCCCUUUGUUGGCGGGAGGCAGGGAACAUGGCCCUCCUCAGCUCAGCCCCUGGGGGGGCCACAGCCCACGGCCUGGGGGUGGUGACCCAGGCCCAGGCGCUGCCCCGGGAGCAAGGCCAGGGAUCCCUGCAGGAAGCUGGCCGGAGGCUGGCCCUCCACCGGGCGCUGCUGCUCUGGAGGACGCAGCUCUCCCAGCGCCAGCGGGCGGACUCCUUCUUCGAGGGCGUGCAGCAGCGGGCGCUGCGUCACAGCCUGAGGGGUUGGUGCCUGAGGGCGCGGGAUCCGGGCAGUGCCAGGACCACCUUGGCCCCAGCGGUUCUGGGCGGUGUCCUGGGAGGAAAGGCCCUGCCGGGCCACAGGACACCCUGCAGCUCCCGAGCAGGUGAAGGGGAGAGGGUGGGGAGGGCUGGGAAGGGGAGGGGAGGGGGGAGAGGGGUGGCAGCACCCAGGGCACCCAGGACUCCACAGCUCCUUCCCCAGGCUUCCCGGGCCCCCGCCCUCCUGGAGGUGUUCCGGGUGAGCUUUCUGUGGGCAGCUGGGCAGCAGCAGCAGGGGCGGCACCUUCUGCUCUGGCAGGCACAGGCCCAGCAGUCCCGGGGCGUGGCAAGGUGGCAUUAGCGCACCCUUCAGAGGCGCAUCCUCCUUGGCUGGAGCCACUGGGCAACAGCCCAGGGGGCCAGGAGAGAGCUGGCUGCCCGCCGGGCCUGGAAUCAGAGCUGCAGGGCCGUGCUGGGCCUGUGGCGGCAGCAGCUGGUGCAGCAGCAGGAGACGGAACAGUGGGCCCGGGUGGGAUGGGGACAGCAGCGACGUGCACUGGGCCACUGGCACUGCUGCUGGCAGAGGCCUGCGCAGGAGGCAGCAGCUUGUCAGAGACCCACAGCGGCUGGUCCAGAGCAGCUCCUACUGCAGAGCCACUUCCAGGCCUGGUGUGGAGUAGUGAGAGGCACAGGGAUGCCCCGGGCCAAGGGUCCAGCCUUCCAGGAUGGCCUGAGGAGAUGGGCACCAGGGGCCACAUUUGCCAGUGAAGCCCCAGAAGCUGCAGCCCGGCCUCAGGAGCAGCGCGUGGCCCAGGCCUCCUUCUCCUGCUGGAGAAGCCAAGAACAGGGACACCAGGUGGACAGCAAGCUGAGGAGGGCCGGGCCCAGCCGGCCUCCGUUGCAAGGCAAGUGGCCCCGGGCCAGUGCUGUGAGGCCCGCCAGCAGGCAGGAGAGAGAACCCAGGCCCAGGCCCUGUGCUGGCUGCUGCCCCGAAGCUGAGCGCCAGGUGGGUGCCCAUGGCCUGAGGGCGGCCCCGCACUGUGCUUCCAGCUUAGGCCUUGAGCUCGUAUGGGGCCAGGGUAGAGGGUAUUUGACGGCUGGUGGCAGGUCUCAGGGGGCUAGGGGUGAUGGGGAGAGGAGGUCCUGGUCCCUGGGGUCAAAUUCCAGCCCUGCACUUUCCAGCUAUGCCACCCCUCUUUGGGCAAGUCUAACUUCGAAGGUCCAAGGAAGAUUACAGGCCUGCCUUGCAGGGUGGCCCCGGGGAUGUGACAGAGAGCCUCCCCUCGGCCCUGCCUCCCAGCUCCAGCUGCUGGGGCGAGGGUCAGCGCCCUACGGGGCCAGAAGGGGACCCGGCUCUGAGACCAAAGACCUCGAGGGCAAAGGCGAGGCCGAGCAAAGGGGUCGUGAUGACCUUUGCUGUCAGGACACACACCAGGGCCUCUCCCCUCAGGAGGAAGUACCUGCAGUGCUGGCGCCUUGACGCACUGCUUCGCCGGCUCCGGGGUUCCCUGCAGGCCGCCCGGGCAGCUGCAUGGCAGCACUGGCUCAGGCAGUGGCACCUGAGGCGGGCCUGGUGACGGCCUUUGAAACACGGCACCAGCGUCUGGCAGCCAGGGGCCUGAGGGGCAGAGCCAGCAGCAGUGGGAGGCCUCGGAGCAGGCAGGAAGCCACCAGAGCCCCUGUGCUUGGUGGACUUGGGGUGAAGCAGGAGGCCCAGCAGCAGCUGUGA